UGUUUUGGCCGGCGCUGCCCAGUCUUGCCCCACGCACUCUGGUGGUAAGUGUUUCCGUAUUCCCGACUGUUUCUCCCUGUACCAAGCCUGUACCAAGCACCGCCAAGCAACACCAGAGAGCCAUGAGUACGUAAGGAUGAAGAGCUUAGGAUACCACACGGAGGGGGGUGAAGGAGCCUUGGGGAUGCCUGAAGGAGGGGCAGUGAAGGAUUGAGGCCUGGAGGUGAAGGAAAUGCAGAAAAUUCAUCUACUACUGAACGGUUCUCUGCUCAGACCAUCCUUCACUGAGUAUUUGAGACGAGGCUUCGAGAUACGAGGUGACACACUAGAACAGCGCCAUCCUGCCUACUUGUGGUGUGGCAGCCCUAAUCGUCCCCCUCCCUCCCUCCUCUUCCUCCUCCUCCUCCUCCAGCAAAGAAGAGACGUUUAAUCAGCUGGUGGAAAGACACAAGGACAGGUGCGCUAAUACGAACAACACCUGAAUCACCUGUUCACUUGAGUAGCUUCACCUGGCCAGCCACUGAAGAUUGAAGACAAAGGCAACAGUACAAAGGUGUUGCCGCGGUGCCGCCGAGGACGAGAUGUUGAGGCGAGAUGCGCGGCGCCGCGCUGCCCUGGGCGAUCCUCACGCUGGCUGUCUGGGUCCUGCCGCUGCCUCCGCCCGCCGCGCCAGCACCCCUCACCUCCCUGCCCCCUCCGCCCUCCCCCCACACACCCCGCAUCCCCCAGACUCUCUCAGCCUCCCCUCCCAGCCUUCCUGCAGUUCCUGAAGGCGGUGAAGGGGAGAACGUCACUUCACAGCACCAUGUCUCCUCUCCCGCCACUGCGAGUGUCCACAGCGACGCCGCAGGGCACGGGGACGAGGACCCGCCGCUCACGACCGUAGCGACCACGACUACUGGGGGCGAUGACAACCUCGAGGGAAACUCUACCGAAGAAGCAACAGGACCUCCCCCUCCCGCGGGCGGCACGGACGAUCAGUCUGGCGGAGGGUCCCGUCAGGUGACGCGCCGGUCGCUUCCCUCCCUGCCGCCUGCCUCCACCACCUUCCUGUCUUCCUCCGCUGACGACGAUGUCGCCGAGCACCGCCACCGCCACCACCACGCCGCGGCGCCUCUGUGGCUGAGGGAGCACCUGGAGGCGCUGCCCGCCGCCAGGAGACGAAGUAUCUCCCGGCGCUUCGAGGAGGACAUCGCCGCGGUGUUCCGGGGCGUGGCCUACGGCGGCUCCACCUCUUACAGGAGUGUGCCCAUCAGGCGGCCUGGCACGCGGGACAUCCAGGGCGCCCCGAGGAUCGAGAGGACCACCGCCCUCAGCGAGGGGCCGCUGGAGGACUACCUGAGUGACGGCAGCGGCGUGGACGAUCCUGCCAGGAACGAGUCCCUCACGCCCCGCGCCGCCACACCUGGGGUCACAGAGAGCGAGGCGGACAGCAAGGCCAAUGAGACUGACCCCAGCCUGGCCCCCGAGGCGAGGACGACCACUGACCUGCUGGAGCACGACCCUGGCACCCUUGGCCCACAGGACGAUCUAUACUCUGACCUGCCCGACACCCCCGCGCCCAAUGUCACGGGCAGGGUAGACGUCCCUGGGGUGACUUCGCAGUGGCAGGGGUCUGUGGAACAGGCCGCCAACGGGACGGAGGCGCCGCUCACCACCACGCACGCCUCGCUCACAGCCGCGCCUCCUCGCCGCCCCGCGCCGCGCUUGUCGUGGUUGGACGUGCUGCGCUGCACGCAUCGCGGCCUGGCCUGGGUGCUGGUGAACUUCUUCCUGGGCUUCCUGCUGCUCACCGCCAGCCUGCUGGGCCCCUACCGCCUCAUGACCAUGCGCUGCUGCACGCCGCUGCUGCCGCGCACGCACUACGUGGCCGUGCACCUGCUGGUGUUCGUGGCGGCGUCCUUCAAGGCGGUGUACCUGUUCCAUCUGGCGUUCGGCAGCCGCGGCAGGCUGCCCCUCGUGCUGCUGCUGCUGCUCACCAAUACGGGCUUCCCCUGCCUCUCCUCCGCCUUCCUGGUGCUGAUGAUGAUGAUGUUCGUGGCUGCAGACGUGCAGGUGUACAAGUCCAAGCUGGUGACGGCGCACAACGCCUUCGUGUUCCUGGUGGUGAUGCUCGCGCUCGCCUUCAUCGGGGACGUGAUCGUGGGCGUGGCGCACAGCCGCAGUGUGUUGGUGCUGGCGCGCGUCAUGGUGAUCGGCGUGGCGGCGGCGGGCGUGGCGGUGUUCCUGCGCAGGAGGCAGGCGGUGGUGGCGGCAUCCCAGUUGAUGAGGCGGGAGUUCCAGGGGGAGCUGAAGCUGCUGGUGCUGCCCGCCAAGGACGACUCCCUGCAGCGCCACAUGGGCGUGAAGCACAUUCUGCGCAGCCGCUUGGGCCUGUGGUGCCGCGCCGUCAAGGUGUCCGCCGCCGGCCUGGCGCUGCUGUCCCUCAUUCACCUGCUGCACACCAUCUUCCUCGUCAGCGCUCACGUGCCGGCCUGGGCCUGGUGGUUCUUCCACGUCUCGGGCUGCCUGGUGGAGGCGCUGCUGGCCGUGUCCACCUGCGUGGCGGCGGCGCUCACUCAGCGCUACGACGAGAACGUCAGUUUCGCCUUCAGCUUCGUGGUGCCGCCGCAGCUGCUGCGCGGCAAGGCGGCGUCCGCGGCGCCAGCCGCAGCCACGGCGGCGGCAGCCUCGGGGGAACCCGAGACGAUAUACCAAAGAGUGUCUUUCUCUAGCGGGACGGAGAGCACCCAGUACACGGCGUGCUGCCCCGAGGGGGCGUGGGCCUCACCCUGGCUGGCACGCCCCAGGCGCCCAGGCGGCGCGGCGCGCCCGUCAAGAGAUCAGCAACCUUCAGCCACACGCCGCACCUGCCGCACGCCGCGCCGCUGUACGGGGGCGCCCCAAUGCAGGUUGCAAGGGUAGGCUCCGCCUCCAACUUGCCACUGUACGGCCCCGUGCCGGCGCGGGGCGGCGUGUACGGGCCGGGCGGAGCGCUGUACGGCCCCGUGUACGCCCCCGCCAGCGACGCCUCGGUGCUGGUGCACGAAGACGGCUUUGUGCGGGUCAGG